AGACUUCCAUCAUGGUGCCUAUCCAAUCAUAUGUUUUUGUGAGUGAUAUUUCGAUGAAACCAAACCAAAACUGAGCCUGAAGAAAACAAAGCAAGUUGAAUCCCAAGGGAAUGAGUGUCUUCGGUAAGUGUAGGAGCUUAGAACGCUUCGUCUAUGGCAGAUCCAGCUAACUGUCUCGCUGCUGCCAGCACUAGCCGCCGCAAGCGUGUGCAGCAAACGCAGCUGCGAUCCGAGGCCAAGCGCCUUCGGACCUCAGACGACAACAGCUCGCAGGGCAGACACAAUUCUUCCUCGGCUGUUACUAGGAAUAGUACUACUAAGGUUAAGCCCACAAAAUCCCAAACAUCGACAAACAAAAGAGACCGCUCGCAUUCGCGGUCCAAAUCCCAAGAGAAUCCAGCCUCCGCUGCUUCCUCUUCAAAAGAGAAAAAGCCCAGCAGCACCAACGUAGUUUACUCUCGGAGAUCUUCUAGAUCCAAUCCGGUUGAUAUAACACCGUUAGACAUUGAGGGGCCCGAACAUAAGACGAGAAAAAAGCUGAAAUCAGAAAAAGAAAAGAAAGAUCACAAAGACAACGUCAAGAUAAUAUUGCUAUCGAAACCUUCAACCUCAUUGGAGGGCUCUAGCAAGGACAAGCUAAAAAAGAGUACUUCGCAAGAUAGAUCCAAAUCUAAAAGUAAACAGGAGGACAAAGUGAAAAAAGAUAGAAAGAAUAAGGAAGCCGCUGUCUUGGAGGCGAAAGGCAAAGACAGUAAACGGGACAAGAGCAGCUCCCGUAAAGAAGAAGCUAAAGAAGGCAAAUCGGGGAAGCACAAAAGCAAGAAAGAUAAACACAAGACUCGAUCAAGUACUAAUAAUAGUCUUAGCGUAAGAUUAAAUCAUACUGUAGGAUUGGAGGUAGAUUCGGAAGCCAGUACAUCAAGUUCAAACAAUAAUACAUAUCCGCAAGUACACAAAUAUCCACUACGUAGCCACGCUAGAAGCUAUUCCUCGACUGCAAUCAAUAUUCCUGCAACAGUUACUAGUUCUAAGGCUGAAACUUCACAGGCAGGAUCUGCUCAGUCGCAGCAACACUGGAAAAGAUCUGCAAUAAGCAAACGGGAACUAGUAGCGCUGGGUGCAUCGAGUAGUACCAGCGCCACCACCAGCAGGCCGACGGCGCCGUCAAACAGUGCGGGUGCGCCUGAACCACCCGAGCCCCCUAGGCUCACCCGCAGCGGCGCAGUGCUCAGGAGGAGCACUAGGAGCGGCAAAGGGCAAGGGCCUUCAACAACGGGUUCGUGCGCCAGCUCGAGCAGCGGCGGGGGCGCGGCGUCGAGCGGCCGACGUACGGCGACCGGCGGCACAGGCAGGACCAACAAGGGCGGCGGCCCCCCUGCUACCCAGGCACAUCCUCCGCCGCCCCCUUUGCUACCUGCGCCGCUUGCCGCGGCGCGCGCCAUGGCGGCCGAUCAGCCACAGGGCGGCGUACCCAACAAUGGGCUACAAUUAGCUUCAGAUGAGCCACCUUCACCUCAAGAAGCCGCGCAAGCGGUGCCGGCUAGCGGCGGCGGCCCAUCCGGUCCGGGUGCCGAUUCUGAGAGCGACGACAGCGAGGUGGGGCGGCUGCAGGCCCUUUUAGAGGCGAGAGGCCUGCCGCCUCAUCUGUUUGGCGCCUUAGGUCCCAGAAUGCAGCACAUCUUGCACAGGAGUAUGGGCUCGAACAGCUCUGUUGCCAGAGCGCAAGCUCUCAUUCCUGGUUUGCAAGCGGCCGGAGAUGAAGGCCAACAGCUGCAAGCAGUAAUUGAAAUGUGCCAAGUACUAGUUAUGGGAAAUGAGGAAAUUUUAACUGGUUUUCCCGUUAAGCAAGUCGUGCCUGCUCUUAUAACUCUUUUACAGAUGGAGCACAAUUUUGAUAUUAUGAAUCACGCUUGUCGUGCUUUGACUUACAUGAUGGAAGCGCUUCCCAGAUCGUCUGCCGUAGUGGUGGAUGCUGUUCCUGUAUUUUUAGAAAAACUUCAGGUUAUCCAGUGCAUGGACGUUGCUGAACAAUCACUUACAGCGCUUGAUAUGUUAUCACGAAGACAUUCAAAGUCAAUUUUACAAGCACGUGGAGUAUCUGCUUGCCUAACUUAUUUGGACUUUUUCCCUAUCAAUGCCCAACGUAAUGCUUUUUCUGUCACUGCUAACUGUUGCCUCAAUCUCACAUCAGAAGAAUUUCAAUAUGUCCAGGAUUCGUUGGCACUACUCGCCUCUAGACUCACUCAGCAAGACAAAAAGUGCGUUGAAAGUGUCUGCUUAGCUUUUUCACGUCUCGUGGACAGUUAUCAACUGGAGCCACCCAGACUGCAAGAAAUUGCCAGCCCGGAAUUGUUAACUAAUUUGCAACAACUGCUUGUAGUUACUCCACCUAUAAUUAGCACUGGAACUUUCAUAACAGUUUUAAGAAUGCUUUCCGUGAUGUGCGCCAAUUGUCCCGAUUUAGCUUUGACUCUUCUCAAACAGAGCAUAGCGGAAACGCUUCUCUAUUUACUCACCGGAUUGGCUGAAAUAAAUCAAGACAACGUCGAACUAACCCAGAGGCAGCCACAGGAGUUGUUUGAAAUUACUUGUUUAAUCGGGGAGCUUAUGCCCAAAUUGCCUACUGAUGGCAUUUUCUCAGUGGAUACUUUGCUGGAAAAGCCAACCCUCAUUGCUAAAGACCAACCAAUCUGGCAAUGGCGCGACGACAGAGGUUGGUGGCAUUCGUACGGCGCAGUCGACAGUAGAAUUAUUGAAGCUGCGCACCAAAACACUGACGAUGAAGUUAGCUUAAAUACGUUAGGUAGGAUAUAUACAAUUGAUUUCCACUCAAUGCAGCAAAUUAAUGAAGAUACUGGCACAUCUAGGCCAGUACAAAGGCUAUGCACUCCGACUAGUAAUAAAUCAGCCACUUCUGAACCAGCUCAAUCGACUAGUAGGCCAAGUUCGGCCAGUCGAGACGCUAGAGUGGCUUGUUUGAGAGAGGAGCGCGGUUUAGCUGCUGCUUUUAUCAGGUCCCUAUUUUCUGUGUUAUAUGAAGUAUAUUCUUCAAGCGCUGGACCAGCAGUGCGUUGCAAGUGCCUCAAAGCCCUUCUCAGGAUGGUCUAUUACGCCAAUUCGGAACUUCUCAAAGAUGUUCUUAAGAAUCAAGUAGUUAGCAGUCACAUUGCUGGGAUGAUGGCUUCUAGUGACCUAAGAAUCGUAGUCGGCGCCCUUCAAAUGGCCGAAAUUCUUAUGAACAAGCUUCCUGAGGAGUUUGGAGUUCAUUUUAGGAGAGAAGGUGUCCUGCAUCAAGUUAACAGACUGGCGGAUCCUGAAGUUCCUUUAGGCGUUAGCCCACCGAAAUCGGCGAGUUGCAGUUCGACUUCAUUUUCGUCCAGCGUCGACGCUCAGCAGCCUGGCACGUCCAGCAGCAGCACUACUGUGCAAAUGACAGCAAACGGAUCAGCAACGUUGCCUGCUCUAGCCUCUAUCGAUCUUUUCAGUUCCACUCCGAACGCUCAACGUCUUCAGGACAGUGAGGUUAGACCUCCCAGUCCCACUACGCGUUUAGGGGACGUCCUGAAACGCAAAAGAGCUACUAAGAGAUCAUCAGCUAGUGGGGCCAGUAGCCGAUCUAAGACUAGACAAGAGGAUUUGUCUUUAUCACCCUCGCUGAUGCAAGAUUUCUUCAGCAAGGCCACUUCCCUUGCUAAUUCUUCGACGCCUCCUAACACUCAACGAACAAGAUAUUCCGGAUCAUCGUCGAAAACCAGCUUCUUGCAAAGUCUGAACCCAGCCAGGUGGGGCAGAAGCCUGAACUCUUCGCACGAGCGCAACUAUAGCAAGGAAUUGAACAAUUUAUCAAAGUCCGCAUCUAAUUCGCACAUCACCGCCGGAAAUCGGGAAAAGACCAGAGCCUGGAUCAGAGAUCAGGCCAAUAGGUUUAUUGAUUCUUAUGCCAGUAAAGAAGAUGAGCAGCAUCCGGCAACCACCGUGCUAACUCGCCUAAGAUUGGCCAUAGACAAACUUCCGACUGGCAAAUGCGCAGAAGCCUUGUUGGAAUUGCGAGAGAUCCUCAUCGAAUCAGAUAUAUCGCCCUUCGAAGUGAAUUAUUCCGGUCUUAUUAAAGCGCUGUUGUCAUAUCUGGCCGAUAUGAAUGGACCAUUUGACAGGGACCAACGGCUCAGGAUUUUGCUGAAUGUAUUUGCUGAUUUGCCAUUAGAAUAUAAUGUCAGAGAAAUCAGGGAAAUCAAUUCUACUUGGAUGAGUGCCCUUGUAUUGAAGCUAAAUGGUUGUGUGUCGCAAUUGGAACAGUUCCCGGUCAAAGUGCACGACCUACCAGCCAAUUCCGGUGCAGGCAGAGGUGGCACUAGUGCUUUGAAGUUCUUCAAUACUCACCAGUUGAAGUGCAACCUGCAAAGACAUCCAGAUUGUAAUAAUUUGAAACAGUGGAAGGGUGGUACAGUUAAAAUAGACCCGUUGGCUUUGGUGCAAGCCAUCGAACGGUAUUUAGUUGUUAGAGGUUAUGGAAGACUGAGAGAUAAAGAUACUGCGGAUAGUGAUGAUGGCGACUCGGAUACUGACAUUGACGAUACCCUGGCAGGAGUUGCUAUAUCUCAGUCUGGAAAUAGACAUAAAUUACAAUUUUUAAUAGGCAAUACAGUUCUUCCCUACAAUAUGACAGUAUAUCAGGCUGUGCGUCAGUUUUCAAACAACGGCAAUGACCAGAGUGAAACCGAUACUGAUAAUGAGAUGCCUUUGGGUAAUGCUGGCAUAUGGGUACAAACACACGUUAUACAUUACAGGCCUUUGAAAGAAGAAACCACAAGUCAAGGCCAUAAAAGCACCACAAGUACUAGUUCAAAUUGGAAUCACUCUAGCCGGAAAGGUAAAGGAUCAUCUGGCAAGAGUACGUCAAGGAGGAAAGGCGAUGAUCUCUGGACUGAAGGAGUUACCCCAAUUACCCAGUCGCCUCUCUCGCCAUAUCUGACAACUCAACUCCCAGAAACUGUUACAAUUCAAGACGCCUCUCUGGAAGUUUUGUGUCUCUUGAGAAUCUUACAAGCUGUCAAUUUAUAUUGGGGUACGCUCUAUCCGAAUGUAGAGUACAAACCCAUUUUACCGGCAUCUGAAUUUAUCAAUUCUAAGAUUGCUGCAAAAGCCAGUAGACAGUUGCAGGAUCCUUUAGUGAUUAUGACGGGAAAUUUACCAAAUUGGUUGCAUCAGAUUGCCACGGUGUGUCCGUUCCUAUUUCCGUUUGAAACCAGGCAGCUGCUGUUUUAUGCCACUUCUUUCGAUCGAGAUCGCGCCUUGCAACGAUUACUGGAUAUGUCCCCGGAACUUAGCUCGACUGAUUCUCAGGAACGUGUUACUCCUCGCCUGGACAGACGAAAGCGUACAAUUUCCAGAGAGGAAAUCCUGAAGCAAGCCGAGCAAGUGAUGCAAGAUCUAGCGGGGUCCAAGGCUUUAUUGGAGGUGCAAUACGAAAACGAAGUGGGAACCGGUCUGGGACCCACAUUAGAAUUUUAUGCUUUGGUUUCAAAGGAACUGCAGAAGCAUUGUUUAGAUCUUUGGUAUGCUCCCAAUGCACACCAAAACGAUUCCGAGUAUGUACAUAAUCAAACAGGAUUGUUCCCAGCUCCGGUAGCUCGUGGCGCUAAAUUAGGUUCAGUCACCAAAAUCAAUAGCAAAUUUAGGUUCUUAGGUAAAUUUAUGGCAAAGGCUGUGAUGGAUUCUAGAAUGUUGGAUUUGCCAUUCUCCUUGACAUUCUACCGUUGGCUGUUGGGUCACGAACAGUGUUUAACAUUGGCCGAUCUAAAAUAUGUUAGUCCUGAUAUUUACGUUACCAUUAGAAAAAUGCAGGCAAUUGUAAGACAGAGAGACGAAAUUUUGCACAACGGAGAUUUGAGUGAAGAAGAAAAAAUGGAACAGGUUGAAAAACUGGAAUACGAUGGUUGUUCCAUUGACGAUUUAGGUUUAGACUUUGUGAUACCCGGCUACAAUGUUGAGCUGAUGAAAAACGGAAAAAACACCCAUCUCUCUAUACACAAUUUGCAUGUGUACGUGAAAGUGAUAACGCAUUGGAUGCUGUACGAAGGCAUCGCCCGUCAAAUGGAGGCUCUUCGAGAAGGUUUCGAUUCCGUUUUUCCUUCGAAAAAUUUGCGCGUCUUCCAACCUGAAGAACUCGAACAGGUCUUUUGCGGCAGCCCCAAGGAUCACGUGGCCGGUUGGGACGUAAAAACUUUAAUGGAUUGUUGCAGGCCCGAUCACGGAUAUACUGCAGAUUCACGGGCAAUUCGGUUCCUAUUUGAAGUGCUCAGUUCGUAUGAUAGCGAGGAACAGAGGAUGUUUGUGCAGUUUUUAACUGGAAGCCCUCGGUUACCUGUUGGAGGUUUCAAAGCGCUUUCUCCGCCGUUAACAGUGGUACGUAAAACGCUAGAGCCCAACAUGAACCCGGACGAUUUCCUGCCAUCUGUGAUGACUUGCGUCAACUACCUCAAGCUGCCCGACUAUUCCAGUCUCGAAGUGAUGCGCAAUAAAUUGAAAGUGGCCGCGUCUGAAGGUCAGCACUCGUUCUAUCUAUCGUAAACUAUUAAUGUUUUUUUUUUUUGUAAACAAAUCAUUUAAUUAUUAUACACUAAAGUUAUGUAUCAGAUUUGGCUUUUGUUCAAGUAUGUGAUUUUUUUGAAGUUAACAACUGAAACAAUAUCGUCGGAGUUUAUAGUGGGUUGCUUUUUUUGGUUAUUAAUUCUCAAUAAAAUUUAUUGAAUAAGGAAUUUAUUUUAAUUUUGGCACACUACACUACACUUCAAAAAAAUCUAUUGAAUCCAAAGCAAAUUUGAUGAAACGAUUUAACAUACAAGUGAUAAUCCUCUGUAACAAUUAAUGAUAUUAUUAAUUAUUAUUCUUAUAAAUUUAGCCCUCCACUAUUUUUGGUGGUUAUAAAAGUGUCUUAUUUUUAAAAUUGAGUGCGGUUUGUUCUUAUUUAGUAAAACGUUUUCAUUUAUUUAAAUAAAUUUUGAAAAAUUAUAAAAAAAAAAUUGUGCAUUUAAAACUACAUAAUUAUUAUGAUUAAUAAAUAAAAAAAAAUGAGUGGUGUGUCGUCGGGGGAGGGCUUCGACUGAUCUGUGCAAUGGACACUUUAGUGGUAGUGUGAUAGAUUCGCAACGAACUAAUUUCCUUUUUUCUUGUUUCUGAACAAUUUCUAAGGUUACUGAAAACCAGUUUAAACACUAAUUGUAUAACAAUUAUUGCCAAAUGUAUAGUUCUGUCGAGUCUAUUUAAGUUAUGCGAAUCGCUAGUCGCGACUUUAUAAAUUAAUUUAAUUUCUUUUAUUCUGAGGAUGUAGUUAUUAUUUCCAGAUUAUUGUUUCAAUAAAUUUGUAUUCAUAAGAA